AUGCCGUUGUACGCCCGUCCUGCCUUCCCCCCGCCGCUCCGCGGGAUCCCCGGUGCGGUCGUGUCCCUCCCCCCUGCGUGCGCUCGCGGCUACGGCUUCCCCUCUUUGCCCCGGGUUGGCGGUACCCCUUCCUGCCCAGGUGCAGUGCUCCGGUCUUCUUGCGUUUCGCGGUGCCGCUCCCCGCGCUCCCGCGUCUCCCCGGGCUGCGCAGGCCGUCUCCGAUUGGGGCGGCCCCGUCUCCCCGCUGCUGGCCCGCUUGCAUGUCCACUGCCCGUCCCGUCCCCGUACUCUCGCUGCUGCCCCCUUGGCCCCGGUCGUCGGGCGUGCACCCCCCGGCCCGCCCGUCGGGCUUCGGCGCGGGUGGGGCCCCCGCGCCCCCUGCGUCGCCUCGCGGAGGAUUUGAUCUCUCCCGCUGCGACGCAUCGCGGGCGGUGUCGCCCCUCCGCCCCCCGCCCCCCCGCCCGUGCCGUCCUUGUUUCCGGGCUCCCCCCCCGUCGCCUCGCCUACCCCCCCCCCGCCUCUUUCGUCGCGCCCCCCCUACCGGGUCUUGCGUCGCGCAUGGCGCGGCGGCGGCGGCGCUCGCCCCAGCCUCGCGCCCGCCGCCUUCGGCCCUACCCUGGUCCUUGGCCUGCCCGAUUGCCCCACCUGCGCGCAGGUCCUUGCACAGCGCACCCGCGCCGCUUCGGGCCGCGCCAGGCUCGCGGGGCGCCCCCUCACGCCCCGGGCGCCGCGCCGCGCGCGCCGUCGGGCCCGCCUGUGCGGCGACCCUGCGCCACCGGCUGGUCCCGGGUGGCGGGGGGGGUUGGGGGCUCUUCUCCCGCGGCGCUUACUCCCCGUGCGCCGCGCGCUCCCGGCGCCCCCCGCGCGGGCGGUGGCUGCGGCCUGCGCGCCCGGGCGGGCCCCCCGGUCGCUCGCCCCCCUGGCCGCCCACGGGGUCCCCGUGCUUCACCGGGGGUCGUUCCCGGCUUCUCCCAUCUGCCCCCCUGGGGCCCGUUCGCCCUCGCCCGCGCCGGCGCGGGCGCGGGCCCGCGUGGGCGGGCCGCCCGCGGGGCCCCGCCCGGGGGCUGCCUGCUGGCUUCUUGGCCGACUGUUUCCCCAUCGUGCGGACCGGUCGGGGGUGGGGCGCUCCCGCGCCUGUUGGUGGGCUCGCCCUUGGCUUACGGCGGUUCGCUCCCGCGUGUGCGUCCGGUAAGGCUGCUCCCCGGCCCGGGCCGGUGCCCGCCCUCGCCCCCGCCCUCCGCGUUGGUGCCCUGCGCCCCCCGCCCGACGGCUCCCUCGCCCUCCCCUUCCGCUGCCCCGCCGUACCGCGGCCGUGGGCUGGCCUCGCCCGCCCUCGACGCCCCGGGCGGCACCGCCUCGGGUGCCCCGCGCUCCUCCCGCGGGCGCCCCCUGCCCGCGCCCCCCCAACCGAUCCCGCCCCCGCUUCUACCUCCACCCCCUGUCGCGGCCCCGCGGGCUCGCGCUGGUCGCGCCCGCCGGCGCUAUUGGGCCAGCCCCCCCCCGGCGGGGCUGCCCUUCGCUUGCGCGCCCCGGGGGGUGGCGCUUCCAUCCCCCCCGACCCGUCGGCCGCGGCGGCGUCCUCUUCCCCGGUCCUCCCCCGUCCCUGAGCCCCGCUUCGUUGGGUCCGGCACGUCGCCCGCCUCCGGCCGGGCUUGGCGGACUCCGCGCCGCGGUGUUGCGCGCUUCGCGGGGCUCCGCCUCCCCCGUUGCCACGUUCCUCCCCCCCCGCGUGCUCGUCUCCGCCCUCCAACUCUCGUCGCGCGGGGGCGACCGUACUGCGUUCGCGGGCCGGCCUCUUCCCUUCGCCCGCGGGCCGUCGUGGGCUCCCCCCGCGGACUUGUCCGGCCAUGCCCGCUCCGCUCUCCCCCCGUCUCCCCUGCCCUCCCCCGCCAGCUUUGGGCGCCGCGCCCUACCGGCACCUCGCCCGGGCGGGGGCUGUCCUGGGGCCUGGCAUGUAGGCUGCCCGGCCUCCUGGGGUCCCUCCGCGGUUCGUCCCGCCGGCGGAGCCCGCCUCGGGGCGGGGCCGUCGCGGCCCCGUGGGCUGGCCGCGCGGCCGUCACCAGAUGUUUUCCCCAGCCGGCGCGCGGGGUGGGGCCUUACCUGUCCGGCGCCCCCCAGUGCUGGGUCGCUCGCCCCCCCGCGCUACCGGUCCCGCCCCCGUCGGGCUCCGCGGGGGCCCCGGGGGGCGCCCGGCGGGGGCGGUCCCGUCGCCGGGGGGUCGAGCCACCUCCGUCGCGGUUCUCUAGGGGACUCCGUCCCCGGAGGUCGAGGCGCCCCCCCGCCCCCGCCGAGCCGUGCAUCCUGCCCCCGCUUCGGGCCUCUGGGUACCUCCCCGGACCGGACGGCGGGCGCGGGGGGCCGGCGCCCGUCCGACUCCCUCCCCCCCCGCGUCGGUCCCGGCGGCGGCGCUGGGCGUGGUGCUGGGGCCGGGCCCUCCCCGCCGACCCGGCUUCCGUUGGUGCGUGGCGGGCCCCCCUGUCCCCCUGCGCCCCGCCGGCCCCCUCGUCGACGCUAGCGCCCCGGGGCCGUCUAGCUCCCGCGGCGCCACUUCUCUCCGGCCGGCCGGCCGCUCCCCCCCCGGCGGCCCCCCCCCGCCCCGCCGGCCCCGCCUCUGGCCGCGGCCCCGCGCCCCCCUGCGGCGCGGUCUGUGGGCGCGCCCCCGGGGGUCCCGUCGCGGCGGCCGAGGGCCACCGCCAUUCCCGCAAGCCGUGGGGCCCCCGUCCCCCCCCUCCCCGCCCCAAACCGUCCCCCCGCACCAGCCACCCCUCCCUCGACCCCUGCUGCCGUCGCUCCGCUCGCCUCCCCCUGGGUCGCCGUGCUGCGCGCGGCUCUGGUAGCGGUGGUGGGGCCUCGCCGCUCGGCGGCGGCGAGCCGGGCCCCCCUCCCCACCCCACUCGCCGGCGCCCCCGUGGCUGCGGGGCGGCCCGUCGGGGAUUGACGGCACGGUGGUUGCGGCCGCCCCCCCCCACACCCCGUAGCAUCCCCGCCGGUCCCCCCUGCCUCCCUCCGCCCGCGGGGCACGGCCGCUCGGCGGCCCCGCCCCCUGGCCCUCCGUGCCCCGUGGCCGCCUGGCCCUGUCCGGGUCCACGCUGGGCGUCGCCCCCCUCCCCCGCGCUGACCCACUCCGGUGCCGCCCUCGCGGCGGGGGGGGGGAUGGCGUAA